AUGUUCCCCUCAUUAUCAUCUACGGCAGUGGUCGCUUUGAGCUUGUGCUCUGCAUUUGGGUCUGCAAGUGUGUUGCCAAGGGCUUCGAAACAGGUCUACCCAGGUUUCAAAAACUUGAAAUACCUCUUCACUUUAGGUGAUUCUUACUCACAAACUGGUUUCAACUUGACGAACGGGUCACCUCUCCCAACAUCAGGAAACCCGCUGGGAAACCCAGUAUACCCUGGAUGGACCUCAGCAAACGGUCCAAAUUGGGUUGACUACCUGACUGUCGAGUUCAACAAGACUGAGCUGUUGACGUACAACCUUGCCUAUGGUGGUGCAACAAUCGAUGCCGACCUCGUCACUCCCUACACGCCCACGGUACUAUCCCUCAAGGACCAAGUCGAAGGACUCUUCGUCCCCAUCCUUGGACCUAAGCCUUCCUACGCACCAUGGAAGUCGUCCGACAGUCUCUUCUUAAUCUGGAUCGGCAUCAACGAUAUCGGGGGUAGCUACUGGAAUGGGGACUAUGAAAAUUUCCACACAGAAUUGAUGGAUGAGUACUUCUCUUUGAUCGAAGAGCUGUACACCACUGGCGCGAGGAACUUCGUCUUUAUUAAUGUUCCGCCGGUUGACCGCUCCCCGCUCACCGUCGGCCAGGGCGCGGAGUCUGUGGCUUUGGAGGCGGAGGCGAUAAAGAGCUAUAACGGGAUGGUUGAGACAAGAGUCAAGGCGUUGAAGACGGCCCAUAAUGAUGUGUGGGCUCAAGUAUUUGACUCAAACAAAGUGUUCAACAAGAUUUUGGACAACCCGAGUAAAUAUGGAUUGAAGAACGCCACCGGGUACUGUGAAAGUUAUACAAAUGGUACUCCUGCUCAAGACACGCUUUAUGACGAGUGCCUUGUCCCAGUUAACGAGUACUUCUGGCUCAACAAUCUGCACCCGACAUACCCUGUACACAAGGUCGUUGCCCAAGAGCUAGCAAAGACCUUGUGA